AUGAUGUUAUUUCAACACAACAAUACUGUUAUCCACUUGGACAGUGGAUCUACUUUUCAUUUGCGAACCAAUGAAGAUGACUUUAAAGAAGGAAGUCUACAAGGAAUUCAUGGAGAAUUCCAUUAUGCCUUUAAUGUCGAGGGAAGAGAACUUUAUAGAGAAGGAAUCAAUAAGGUAUUUGACUCUGUGUGUAAACUUGACACACCAGCUAGCGACAACAUCAACAGUUUGUCGAACAUGGUAAAAGAUGGAUUUGAUGUAUUUAUGGACACAAAGAAAGAGAACAGCUUCUUUGUGACCAGAAACGGGACUACAUGGGGAUUUGGACAUCGCAAUGGAUUAUGUACUUUGGUUGACGAACCUGCAAUGGUAACAGCAAUGUUCCAUGACCAUGCAUGUAGACUUGAUAAUGAUGAUGUGCAAGGGUACUGUGCUCUACAGAGUGUGGAAAAGAACAAAGAGGGUUUCACAAACAAACAAGUGAAACAAGCAAAUGUUGCACAAAGUGGCUAUCAUAUGAUGGGAGCACCUGGUGCAGAAUUAUUCAAGUUGGCGAUUCGGGGAAAUUUUUUCAAAA